AUGGUCGGGAGGAAGAGCAGCGAGCGGAAGAAGUUUCCCGUCGGCCGCAUAGGGCACUAUCUCAAGAAGGACCGCUACGCGGACCGCGUCGGCUCCGGCGCACCCGUCUACCUCGCCGCCGCCCUCGAAUACCUUGCCGCCGAGUUGGCGGGCAAUGCGGCCAAGGACAACAAGAAGACCUGCAUCAUGCCGCGCCACCUGCUACUCGCCACUUGCAAUGACGGGGAGCUCUCCAAGUUGCUUGACGACAUCACCAUUGCCCACAAUGGCGUGUUGCCCAACAUCCACUCUGUGUUGUUCUCCAAGAAGGCCAACAUGCACUAG